CCUCCCCCCUCCGCUCUCCCAUCCAUCCAUCCACGCUCGGUCCUCUUCUGCUGGAUGGUGCGGUUCGGAGCGCACGCAGGACGGAACCGGUGCUUCCUUUCUGUCUGAUGGAGGAACCAGGUCCGGACGGAUAGAGACCACCUCAAGGACGGACGCGAGAGAGGGGGGACGAGAAGGGGGAAGACACCGGAGGUCCUUCGCCACCUGGAGGUCUCCGCUUCGCUUCCAGGUCACGUCUUAGGGAUCGUAACAUGCUCGUCUCCGACGGCGCGUAGCUCAGAGAAGCGUUCAGCGUGUGAUGGGCUCGGUCGGAGCGGAGCGGCGCAGGCCCACCCUGCCGCCGACGCCCGAGGAGAGGGACGCGUGGCGGGACGCGGGCCGGGACGGAUGGAGGCUCGCUGGGAGGGAGGGCUGGAGGGAGGCGCGGGAGAGCGGCGUGGUGCAGAGCUACAGCUUCGACUCGUACCAGCUGGAGGAGGAGGAGGCGAGUAAAGACGCCCCGGAGCGAGGAGUGCUGGCUCUGUCUGAGCCCGACUUCGAGGAGCCGAUCCCUGACGACCGUUACCAUGGCAUCUACUUCGCCAUGCUGCUGGCCGGCGUGGGCUUCCUGCUUCCCUACAACAGCUUCAUCACCGACGUGGACUAUCUGCACCACAAGUUCCAGGGGACGUCCAUCGUGUUCGACAUGAGCCUGACGUACAUCCUGGUGGCGCUGAUGGCCGUCAUCCUCAACAACGUGCUGGUGGAGAGGCUCAGCAUGCACACGCGCAUCACCGUGGGAUACGUCCUGGCUCUGGGGCCGCUGGUCUUCGUCAGCGUGUUCGACGUGUGGCUGGCCAAGUUCUCCACCCGGCAGGCGUACGUCAUCAACCUGGUGUCCGUGGGAGUGGUGGCCUUUGGAUGCACAGUCCAGCAGUCCAGUUUCUAUGGUUACAUGGGGAUGCUGCCCAAGCGCUACACACAGGGGGUGAUGACUGGAGAGAGCACCGCCGGCGUCAUCAUCUCGCUGUCGCGCAUCUUCACCAAGCUGCUGAUCACGGACGAGAGGACCAACACGCUCAUCUUCUUCCUGGUCUCCAUCAGCAUGGAGAUGCUGUGUUUCCUGCUGCACCUGCUGGUCCGGCGCUCCCGCUUCGUCCGCUACUACACCAGCCACGCUCAGGGCAGAGGUCCGGCCAAAGGCCGCGACCCGCGGGGCAGCGGGCCCGGGUACCGCGUGCACCUGGACGUGACAGCGGAGGAGGUCCGAUUCGGAAACGGAGGAGAAGAAGGCGGCGAGGACAUCGCCGGUGGCACCUACGUGCGCUUCGACGCCCCGAAGGCCAAGAUACGGAGGAGCUGGCCCGGCGUGCGCGACAUGAUCGUGCAUCGGUACGUGGUGUCCAGGGUGAUCUGGGCCUACAUGCUGUCCAUAGCAGUGACCUACAGCAUCACCCUGUGCCUGUUCCCCGGGCUGGAGUCCGAGAUACGGAACCCCACGCUGGGCGAGUGGCUCCCCAUCCUCAUCAUGGCCACCUUCAACAUGUCGGACUUCGUUGGCAAGAUCCUGGCGGCGCUGCCGUACGACUGGUCUGGAGGCCGCCUGCUCUUCUUCUCCUGCCUCAGGGUGGUCUUCAUCCCUCUGUUCGUCAUGUGCGUGUACCCGGCCGGCGCCCCCACGCUCUCCCACCCCGCCUGGCCCUGCCUCUUCUCCCUCCUCAUGGGGGUCACCAACGGCUACUUUGGCUCCGUGCCCAUGAUCCAGGCCGCUGGCAAAGUGCCGCCUGAGCAGCGGGAGCUGGCGGGAAACACCAUGACCGUGUCCUACAUGAGCGGCCUGAUGGUGGGCUCGGCCGUGGCCUACGCCGCCUACAGCUUCACCGCCCCGGCGUCUGGAGCGCACGUCUCCACACUGAACAUCCGCACACCUGCCAACGCUACAGGGCACUGACUGUGUGACAGCGCAGGGCGGAGACGCAGAGGGAAAGCAGAAGACUAACAUCCCAGGAGGAGAUAAAUGUUGAGAUCAGGGAUCUAAUGUAAAAAUGUAGAUUUGUUCAUCUUAAGUCCUUCGAGCGUCAAACGCUCCCCAGCAUCUGUACAACGAACAGUCGAGGGAGGACGACUCGAAGGAGAGGUUGACUGUCUGUGUCCAGGCUGUAGCGAUGACGUCGUUCUAAUCUGACAUGAGUCCCAUCUCCGGUAGAUUCAUUUGGCUAAUGUCACAGGAAUCAUCCGUCUGCGCCGUUUAACAACAUCAAAGAGAUGUUUCUGGACGUCUGUCCAUCAUUUGAAGGGCAACUCACUUAAAUUAGACUAGAACAGACAUCGAUCUCCCUUGGCUGCCAUGUAUUUCUGUGUUUAAUGGAAUAUAUUAAUAUAUCCAUGAAAUAUGGAUGUAAAACUAUCACAACGACCUCAGGAGGUUUUAUUAGUUGAGAUGUCUGAGUCGACAAAGUCCUUCAUCUCAUGGAUGUAAUCCUUAGUGGGUUUCUGGUGGAAACAGGAUGUUUCACAUAAACAAAACUGAAAUAAAUAAUACUAAAAUUAGCAUUUGGCAUAAAACAGGCCAGAGAGCGAACAUGAAGCCAACUUUUGUUUGGGGUCCUUACUAUUUUACUUCCAUUCAUCAACUAUCUGACGUCUUCAGUCAUUUCGUCCAACCUCAGCAUAUGUACUUACACUGUAUGAUCAGUCUUAUAACGUGUUUGGAAAAACAGAUUAUUUAUGCUAAACCUUGAGGCAGUGAUUGUGAUUGACAGUUGCACGUUCCAGCUGUUUUUACUUAUGUUAGGGAUGAACCAAAGGAAGCAGGGAGGCGCUGGGUUCGUCCUGCGCCCUCUGGUGGUGGAGAUGAGACAAAGCCUGGUUUGAAUUCAGCAGAUGAUGAUGGUGACGAUGCGUUUAGUGUCCAUGUAUUAAUGUGGGAAAAACUGUGCCAACGUCUGCUUGUUCUGACCAGACCAAGCAAAUGAAUGUAAAGCUGUAAAUAUGGAGAAUUAAAUGCACUCAAGGCUGAGAUGUAGAAAAGAGCAGAUCAGUAGCUUGAUUUACUCAGAGAACCCUUCUUUUCUUAUCCACACUUCCACACAGUUGCUUUAAAACCAUCUCCUGCUGGGUUUGAUUAAUUUUUCAGCAAUAAAGAGCAUGAGCAGAAUUUAGACUUCAUACAUUAUGAAGACAACAAGCCACAAAAUGCUGGUGAAGCCUGAACGGAGCCUGACGCCUGGAGACCUCGCUCUGAGCUGCUCCGGGUUCUCAGGUGGAGACCACGCGGCCGCUGUGGAACGUGUUGUUCUGGUUCUAGUGGAAGAAACGUUGCUGACGCGGUGUCUGGAGGCUGAGUCAUGUUCGGCCUCAGGUCCUCGGAGCUUCAUCCAUCACUGAAACACAGAUGUUGUGAAGCAGGGAGGCGGCGCUGGGACAUUUAACUGCUGCAGGUUUUACCUCAGGUCUGACGCGGGACCUUCUGUUGAAGAACCAGCCACGUUCUGUGAUGACGCUCUUCUUCCAUGAUUAUUUUAGACUGAACACUGUGAAGCAUCAGGAUGGUUCCUUGUCUCACACGUCCACUGUAGACAGUCUCCAGGUCACAUCUCUGAACGUAUCGUAUGAAUGUUUGUAACCACCCACUGGUAACGAGGACUGGGUUCAGCUCUGAUCCAGACUCUUCUGGUUUCACUGAAGCUUAAUUAAACCUUAUAUAAAACUUCCAACCUCAGUUCUGUAAAUAUGCUCCAUGGUUUCAGGCCCUCGUUGUGUCUCCAGUGUGUAAUAAAUGGUUUACAUCUGUG